CUAAAAUGCUUUGCUUUCUACUUCCAACAGGUAUAAUAUGAGUGUUUAACUGGAGAAGCCCUUUUCACUUCUCUCAUGUUUGCUAGUUGCCAUGGAUUCAAUCAUUCGUCUUCUUCUUUUAGCAUUCUCUUUGAUGUAUCGACUUUCUGCAACAGCUCAACCCCAAAAUUCCAUCUCUCGGAUCACAGUAGUGGGCGCUGUUUUCUGUGAUACCUGUUCAAGAAACACUUUCUCUCGACACAGCUACUUCUUGCCAGGUGUUGAGGUCAACAUUGAAUGCAAAUUUAAGGAAAAAUCACCAAAAACAACAGAGCAAAUGAGUGUCUCAGUCAAUAGAACUACAGAUAAAUAUGGAGUGUACAAGCUAGAAAUACCGCAUGUUGAUGGUAUUGACUGUGUGGAAGGUUUGGCCAUUGAGUCAUUAUGCGAGGUGAGUUUAAUAAGGAGCAAACCAAAAGAAUGCAGUGUACCAGGUUUUAAGAGUUCCACUAACUAGAUAUAUGUGAAAUCAAAACAAUACAAUCUCUCUGCAUCUACAGCUUGAAUGCACUGAGUUACAGGCCAUCCAAGAGAAAUGCCACAUUGUGUACAGAUCACAAAGACCUAUCCCCAACUUCUUUUUAACUCUUCAAAAUGCAUUUUUCCUUUUCCCACAUUUUGGAUUCCUUUGGCCAUUCCCAUCAUUGCCUUUACCUCAAUUACCUCCCCUUUCAUCACUUUCUGUUUCCAAAUCCGAAUCCACCAUAUUUGCCUUUCCCAGGGAUGGAUUGAGAGAGGCGGUUGCUCCUCUGAAAAUUUUUAAAUUUUCAUAUGAUUUAGGUGUUGCGGAAGACGGCUAUC